AUGGUCAUUUGGUCCUUGGAACCUCUGGUGAGGAGGUUCUUCGAGGGCUUUGGCCCGGUUGUCCAUAAGUGCCGCUACCCCUUCAUCCUUGCUCCAAUAUUCCUCACAGCCCUACUAUCAAUAGGGCUGCUACGAUUGAAGGAACUUCGGGUUGACGAUCCGUCCUAUGUAUUUACUCCAUCUACGGCAAGAUGGCGAACAGAACUCAAAAUCUUUACCGACAAUUGGCCCCUCGAUGAAAAUAAAUUUCUACCCGGGAAAUCCUUCGAAACAAAGCGGUUCAUCAAUGUACUUAUUCAAUCCAAAGAUGGUGGUGACGUCAUGAGAGAAGAUGUUCUAAAAGAGAUCAAAGUACUGAACAAUUGGCUCAUGAACAACAUCAGCGUCCCGACAAUUGAUGGAAAGUUCAAUCUCACUUAUCAGGACCUGUGCUUAUCAUAUGAUUGGGAGUGUCUGGCUAACGAGCACAUUGAAAUGUUCCUGCAGCGCAGUCGGGUGGAUAAAGUGAUCGAUUUGUCAUUUCCGAGAGGAGGGACAAAGGACAACCCUGUGUACCUUGGAACGACUCUUGGUGAUGUCGUACUAUUCCCAAAUAGUACCGUAGCGUCGGCAAAAAUCACGCAGUUGUUUUAUUUCCUGAAACAAGAUCAGAAAUUAUUGCGUGACUACUCAUCAGCAUUUUCCUAUGCUGUCGAACGAUUUUUACUGCACGUCUACACAUCAGAUUUGAUCGAAAUCUCGAUGGCGCAUUAUCAAUCCCUACAAGAUGGUCUGGAUGAGAAUGCCAAGCAUUUCGCCCCGAAUUUUGUCGUCAGCUUUGCCAUACUCUCUCUUUACGCCUUGAUUUGCUCGUUUUCGUUGAGGAAGACCAGCAGGCAUAUUGACUGGGUGAAAAGCAAGCCUUGGGUGGCGGUGGCUGGUUUGACAACCACCCUCCUCUCAAUCGCCAUCGGUAUCGACGAUAUGUUUAUUAUGGUGGCUUGCUGGGAAGGGUCGGAUCCAAACAAAUCUACUGCCGACAGAAUUUCACAGACACUCGCUCAUGCCGGAGUCGCUAUCACCAUUACAAACGUUACUGAUGUCCUCUCUUUUGCAAUUGGAUGUAUCACCGAUCUACCGGGAAUUCAAUUAUUCUGCUUGUACACCUGGGUUACUAUCUUGUUCUGUUACAUCUAUCAGCUUACUUUUGUCUGCGGCUGGAUGGCCGUGAUGGGCGAUAUGGAGAAAAACAAACGACAUUGUUUAUUCUUAUACAAAGUCGAAGACAAAGUGAGCACCAAGAAGAACAACGACAGGCCGAGGCGAAUUGCCUAUCCGGAAAAUUUACGGCAAUUUCAGAGGACGCCGAUAAAGAGUUAUACGAUAGCCGAUUAUUCUGAUGGCGUCAGCACAUCAUCUUGUGAUAGUGGGCUAUCGUCUGGAAAAACUUCGCCGGGACACAGCGACAAAGAAUGGAAGCGAGCGAAAAUGCCGGAACUUCCGCUCUCAGCAUGCCCGGUAGCACCGCCGAUUUAUCGAACUUCCGAUAAAGUAUCUACAAAGCCAUCCCACCCCGCCGUCGAGCCAACUAGAGUCGUCAAAUUCUUCGGACAAACCUAUGGCAAAUUCAUCUUACAAGAUGGAGUCCGCGCCCUUGCCGUCCUCGUCUACGUCAUCUACGUGGUUAUAGCGCUCUACGGAUGUAUGAACUUCCGGGAGGGCUUGAACCCAGCGAACCUCGUCACAAACGAUCACUACAUUGCCAAAUAUUUCACCGACAUCAAGGCGUUUUGGAAAAGCGGUCCUCAACUCCAUGUAGCAGUUCUGGAUCCACCAAAUUUGGUCAAUGAAACCCAAAGAAAUGCUUUGAUGAACAUCGUCACCUCCUUGGAAAAUACGCCCUACACCCUUGGAAGGGAGGGCACCGUGUUCUUCCUGAUUGAAUAUAUGAAUUAUCUGGAAGAACUGAAUGCCGAACCGGAAAACACGGAGAAGAUUUGGAGAAUCAAGCUGCUCAAUUGGUUAAAAUACACCGGCGGUGCAUCCCAGUGGCAAAGUGAUAUCCGGAUGAACAAGACGACAAAGGAAUUUAUUUCUUAUCGCUUCACGAUUGCCUUGAAAAACAUCAUUGAGCCCAAUGACCACAAGGUGAUGACGAAGAUGCUGCGAGAAAUUGCUGAUAGUCAACCGUUCCAUAUCGAACUAUUCCAUGAAGCAUUCCCUUUCGCUGAUCAAUACCUGAUUAUCCUGCCUGCGACAGCGAUGAAUAUCGGGAUUUCUUUGAUUUGCAUGGGUGUUGUGUCAUUCUUGCUGGUCCCAAGUUUACCAUCAGGCGUUGUCACGUUUAUUUCCAUCAUUUCCAUCUCGAUGGGUGUGUUUGGUUAUAUGACAAUAUGGGGCGUAAACCUGGACGCAGUAUCGAUGAUUUCUAUCAUUAUGUCGAUUGGAUUUGCUGUCGAUUUGUCGGCACAUAUCAUUUACGCUUUCGUAACUUCGCAUGGUGAUACCAAACAGCGUGUCAUUGGAGCCCUCGAAGGGCUUGGUUGGCCGAUAUUCCAGGGCGCUUCAUCAACAAUUGCCGGUAUAUCAAUCCUAUACACCGUCAACGCCUACAUCAUCCUCACCUUCUUCAAAACCAUCUGGCUGACAAUGACCAUUGGAAUGAUUCACGGCCUUGUCUUUAUCCCCAUUUUCCUCUCCUUCAUACCGGUUUCCUUCUUCCGCAUCGAUAAGAGCGUUGAGAUGCAU